ACACCCUCUCUUCCCCCUUCUCUUCUCUCUCUCUCUCUCUCUGUCUUUUCCUCCUCUCUUCUUUCCUCUUGCCUUCUUCUCUCUUUCGUUUCUCUGCCAAGCCGUUACUCUGCAUGCACAUGUUGUCUUCUCCCAACUCGAUCGCCGAUUCCUCUCCCCUGCCAGCCUUCUCUCCUGAUCUCGCCCCCUGACCACCUUCGAUUCCUCGCCUAUUCGCCGCCAUUGGACCUCGAACUAUCUCCAGGUCGUAUAUCCAAAUCGGCUCUGCGGAAAUCGCAACCACGCCGCCUCCCUUGCCAGAGUACAGCUCAAGUAGCUAUAGCGGUUUUGCCUAUUGGGAACGGAGAAGCGAAGAAUAGAUUCAAACAUGGCGUCCAAGGCGUGCAUGAAUGCAUUAUGCGGCGCAUCCACGUCGAGCCAUUGGAGAAAAGGUUGGGGGCUGCGAUCUGGUGAAUUCGCCAAUCUCUGCGAUAAGUGCGGGUUGGCAUACGAGCAGACAAUCUUUUGUGAAGUAUUUCAUGCUAAGGAUUCUGGCUGGAGGGAAUGCACUUCAUGUGGCAAGCGUCUCCACUGUGGGUGUGUUGCUUCCAGGCUUCUGCUUGAGCUCCUAGAUGGGGGUGGCAUUAACUGCAUAAACUGUUCUAGAGCUUCAGGAGUGAAUCAUGUUGGGGCUGACAAAAGACCUAAUGGGUUUUCCAAAUCAAGAAUUGAUGACAUUGGCGAAUUACAAUCACUCUCAGCUGAGAAUGGGGUGGACGUUGAAAGAAAGCUCUUGCACUUAGGCAGUAACACUGAAAGUAUUGGUGCAAGACAUUUGCUUCAGUUGCACGGUGAGGACACCAAUGGUUCUUAUAGACAAAUGAAACCGGAAGCUCUUGUGCCUCAUAUGGGUGAAAUGGGAAGCACAAGCUUUUCACAUUUUAACCAAGCAUCCAACGCAUUUUCUCAAGCUAGCAAUGCAGAGAUUGGUAAAGCAAGCAUUGGGGCAAAGGAUUUGUAUGAGUCACUAGCACAUACAAACUUGAGUAUUGCACUUGGUUCUCCAAUGGCGAAUCCAAAUCCCUUUGCAACUGUUGUUGAUGAAAGGUCUCAAAGUAAGACACCUCCCCUUCAGGCGUCAAGGUCUCGCCAUCUAUUACCCAAGCCUCCGAAGUCAAAUCUUGUUACUGGUUUGGAGCCAAAUGCUAUGUCUUCGCCAAUACGUGUUGCUCGACCACCUGCUGAAGGACGGGGAAGAAAUCAGUUGCUACCUCGUUAUUGGCCUAGGAUCACUGACCAAGAACUUCAGCAAAUCUCCAUGGAUUCGAAUUCCACCAUUGUUCCGCUGUUUGAAAAGGUUCUCAGUGCAAGUGAUGCUGGUCGUAUAGGCCGUUUGGUUCUCCCUAAGGCUUGUGCUGAAGCUUAUUUUCCACCUAUCUCUCAACCAGAGGGCAUUCCGCUUAGGAUUCAAGAUGUGAAGGGGAAAGAGUGGGUGUUUCAGUUCAGAUUUUGGCCGAAUAAUAAUAGCAGGAUGUAUGUUUUGGAAGGUGUAACCCCUUGCAUACAGUCCAUGCAGUUGCAAGCUGGAGAUACCGUAACAUUCAGUCGCAUGGAUCCAGAGGGAAAACUUGUUAUGGGAUUUAGGAAAGCAUCAAAUUCAAUUGCAAUGCAGCAGGACAUUCAACCAUCUGCCAUUCCUAAUGGUGUUCAUUCAAGUGAAAGUUGCUUUUCCGGUGUUUAUGAGAACCUACGUGUAACAAGUGGUUACUGUGGCAUUCUUCAGUCUCUGAAGGGAAGCAAUGAUGCGCACUUAAGUGCACUGUCAAAACAUUUGCAGUCAACUAGUGGUGAUAUUAGUUGGCAUAAAUCUGAGAAGCUGGACGACAGGACUCAGGAAGGGUUGAUGCUGCCAUCAAUACUGAUCCCCGAGAGAAAAAGGGCAAGGAAUCUUGGAUCCAAAAGUAAAAGGCUACUAAUGGACAACCAAGAUGCUUUGGAGCUGAAGCUCACCUGGGAAGAAGCUCAAGAUUUGCUCCGCCCACCGCCCACUGCUAAACCAAACAUUGUCACUAUUGAGGAUCAUGAUUUUGAAGAAUAUGAAGAGCCUCCUGUUUUCGGGAAGAGAAGUAUAUUUGUUGCCCGCUCAACCGGAAUACAAGAGCAAUGGGCUCAGUGUGAUAGCUGUUUCAAGUGGAGAAAGUUGCCAGUUGAUGUGCUUCUUCCACCGAAGUGGACAUGCAGAGAAAACGAUUGGGAUCAAAGCAGGUCUUCGUGCUCUGCUCCAGAUGAAUUAUCCCCAAGGGAAUUAGAAAAUCUACUCACAAAUAAUAAGGAUUUCAAGAAACGGAGACUGUCAAGCAGCCAGGGAGGGGCGCAGGAACCCGAGUCUUCUGGGCUUGACGCUCUGGCCAAUGCUGCAAUCCUGGGAGACAUUGGUGGUGAGCAAGGCACGGCUACAGUUGCAACAACAACCAAGCACCCCCGGCAUCGCCCGGGCUGCUCUUGCAUCGUUUGCAUCCAGCCCCCUAGCGGGAAAGGCAAGCACAAGCCCACAUGCACAUGCAACGUAUGCAUGACCGUCAAGCGUCGAUUCAAGACCCUAAUGAUGCGAAAGAAGAAGCGCCAAUCCGAACGCGAAGCAGAGAUGGCUCAGCGGAAUCAGCUGCAGCAGCAGUGGGGUUUGCACAAAGACGAGGCAGAGGCAGAAAGCAGCUCCAAGGCCGCUUCUACGUCACAGAUGGAUCAUCAUCCUUCAGAGAAUGUAGCGGCGAGAAUGGCGAUCGAGUUGACUCAAAACAAGUUGGCUGAGAAACUGCCGGCAGUUGAGAAUGGAAAGGGACAGAUAGACUUGAACUGCCAUCCAGAACGCGAAGAAGAUUCCCAACAACCGACAAUGCUGAACCUCAUUCAAGUAGCAACCCUUCCAUUGGAAUCCUAUCUGAAGCAGAAUGGAUUGGCGAGCUUGGCGACUGAGCAAGAAGGGAGUUCGACGUCUCAUGUGCCGGCUGCUCCAGGUGGCAGCGGCGACAGUGAAGAGCAACAACUUCCAGAGGAGGAUCGCCAGCUGGAUUCAGCUGCUCAUGAGCAAGAGACCGAGGGAGAAGUAAACAACCACCAACCUGAUGGCACAGAAGAUAACCGGAAAGAGCCUGCUUGACCGACGGGUCCCCAGUGGCGAGUUCCCUCUCGAUUCACAGAAUUUUUUUUUGUGCUGCCCUUUUCUUUUGUUGUUGUAUAUUUAAGGAGUAAGAACAGUUUCUGUUCCUACUAUCUAAUACGCGACAGUUCCCCGUGUUGCUAUUAUUCCUUUAGUUUCCUGUUUCUUUCCUGAGAGCUUUUCAGUGUGCAAUGUCUUUAUUCGUUGUAUAAUGUCUAUAAUACAUAUAAUGGGGUGUCUUUAAUUCCGGCUUUUGCUCCCCUCGGUGGGUUGGGGGAUUUCUGAUGUAUACUAUCUGAGGCGUUAAUUCCUCUUCCUUGGCUUGACAGUGUGCCAAACUUAGCAGCUUGUUGUAGAAAUAGAGGAUUUCUGAGAUGCAAUUUUGGUCUUC